AUGGCCUCAGAAAAGCAUUCCACAGUAACUGAGUUUUACCUUGAAGGAUUAACUAAUCACAACCUUCAGUUUCCCCUUUUCCUUCUGUUCCUGUGGAUAUAUGUGGUCACUAUGUUGGGGAACCUGGGCAUGAUCCUCUUAAUUGCUGUUAGUUCUCAACUCAAAUCCCCCAUGUACUAUUUCCUCAGCAACUUGUCCUUCAUAGAUCUCUGCUACUCUUCUGUUGUUACCCCUAAACUUCUGGUGAAUUUUAUAGAGGACCAAAACAUCAUCUCUUAUGCUGGGUGCAUGACGCAACUGUUCUUUUUUUGCUUUUUUGCUAUUGAUGAAUGCUACAUGCUGACAGCCAUGGCUUUUGAUCGUUAUGUUGCCAUCUGUAACCCACUGCUCUAUAAUGUCGUCAUGUCCCCGAGGGUCUGUUCCCUCCUAGCAACAGGAGUGUAUGUGAUAGGUCUUGUUGGUGCCCUUGCACAUACAAGUUGUAUGGCCAGACUGUCUUUCUGUGGUCCUAAGCUCAUUAACCAUUACCUCUGUGACAUCCUUCCCCUGUUGAAGCUGUCCUGUUCUAGCAGUUAUAUUAAUGAGCUUUUAGUGGUGUUUCUCCUUGGAUUUAAUGUGUUGGCAACCACUCUGGCCAUCUUGAUCUCUUAUGCUUUUAUUCUUUCUAGCAUCUUCCGCAUCAACUCUGCUAAGAGCAGGUACAAAGCUUCCAGUACCUGUGGUUCCCACCUUGCUGCUGUGGCAAUUUUUUAUGGCUCCAUUAUGUUUAUGUAUCUUAAACCAGCAUACAGCAGCAGCAUGACACAGGAGAAGGUAGCAUCUGUCUUUUAUACCACAGUGAUUCCUAUGCUGAAUCCCCUCAUCUAUAGUCUAAGGAACAAGGAUGUGAAGGAGGCACUAAGGAAAGUUAUAGGCAGGAAGGUUUGUUGCACACAAAUAUAA